ACGCCAUGAGAAAGAAGGUCCCGCCGCCCCCUCCCAUUCCCGAUGUCCACUGGUCCGAGAAUAUGACAUGGACCUUGCUGUCAUAGGUCGAGAAAGACUUGAAAAUAGGCUUGUUUUGUUCAGGAAGCGGGACAAGAAGGAGGUAAGUACCAUCCAGCUUCAGAUCCACGUUCAUUUUAUGACAGUUAUACUGCACUGCUAAUUGACGAGUGGGACUACUAUUGUAUCACAUAAUCCACGUCUACGCAACUGGGGGGAGGUAUAAUUAUAAGCACGGAUAAGCAUAAGCCUUGGGCUUCCAGUUGUGAGGAUCCCUAAUCAAGGCUAGCUCGGAGUCAUAAAAGGGUACUCGAUGCUCGGAGAGGUAUUUAACUUGGCUUAUCGCAGGUUCAGCAAUACAGCAUGAGUCUAUUAAAGAUCCCCUUCCUCGUGGCCUCGGCCAUUGGCAUGCAUAUCUCGUUGAAUUCUCCCUCUAGUCUGCCCCCAUCAUCUCAAGAGAAGGUGGUGUCAGCAUCCGAUUCAAUCGUGAGCCUGCUUCUAGAUCUUCAGUUUCCAGACUUGGUCAAGAUUGUUGUAUGGACGGCAACAUCUGUUGAAGUGGCCAACAUACUGGCCAUGCAUAUAGGUCCUUCGCAGAUUCCCGAGGGCCUCUAUAGUACUAGCGCUGUGCAGCUUUUGCACACACUUCAUCCCACGCCAAUCACUCCCGCUCUCCUUACUGGCAGUCUUUUUGUCACGGUGGGUGGCGUGUUGAGACGAUAUUGCAUGUCGACCUUGGGAAAGUUCUGGAGCUUCCGGCUCAGCGUCAAAGAAGAGCACAGAAUCGUGACAAACGGACCGUAUUCUAUCGUCCGUCACCCAAGUUACACUGGUGCGCUUCUCCAAUAUGUCGGGUUGGUCAUCACGCACGGGAGCGAAGGGUCGUGGAUGAGGCAGUCUGUCUUUCCACAACUGCCUUACAUGAAAGUAUUAGCAGCGGUCCUCUUCUGCACACUUACAAUAGGCGCUUCGACUAUCGUCAAGCGAUGUUCAGUGGAGGACAAGAUGCUGCAGCGUGCUAUGGGAGAGGAUUGGGCGAAUUGGGCGAAGAAAGUAAAAUAUAAACUACUUCCUGGAGUUUAUUGAUGAGACUUUGCUGCCGAUAUCAUGUAAUUGUAGGACACCACUAGUCGUUUAUUUCCCCUGUAAGUGUUAGUAUCAUUAACGAGAUCAUGAUGAAGCCCCAAACAGGGUUUCCUGUCUCUUGCUGAAG